AUGGCUCCAUCUGGGUUGGCAAUUCUCUUAGGUGCAGGUCCUGCUACCGUGAGUGCACCCUCACCAUUAGAGCUGUUCGUACUGAAAGCGAGAAAGGGCGCUGGUAUUGCACGUGUGUUGGCUGAUCCAGCUCGUGGCAACAUGGCAGUCGCGUUGCUUGCUCGACGGACUGAGGUGCUAAACGAUAUGGUGACUGGAUUGAAGUCAUCGCUCGACAACCCGGUGGUUGAAGCGUUCCCUUCAGAUACCUCGCCAGACUCUUUGAAANAGGCUUUCUCGGACAUCCGCCAGCAUCAGUCUUUCAAUGGUCUCAAGCUGCGUGUAGCCAUCUAUAACAUCAAGCACUCCUCUAAGAAGCCUUUCUUGGAUGAAACAUAUGAUCAAUUUACCGACUCCUUGGAGACAUAUGUGGGAGGCGCUUUCACCUUCGCACAGGAAUCUCUCAAGCGCUUUUUCUCGGACCACGGAGAAUCAACUCUGGCAGAAGGCUCGCCUAAGAAAGGAACGCUCAUCUUCACUGGAACGCUUGGUGCUCUGAGAUGCAACGCCGAGUUCGCAGCAUAUGGGGCAGGUAGAUCAAGCGUAAGACAGCUUGCUCAGACACUUGCUCGCGAGUUCAGUGCCAAAGGUGUCCAUGUGGCACAUUGUAUCGGCAAUGGGUCAGUCGAAGACAAGAACGGCGAGGAUCAGAAGAGCGGCAAGAAAAUCUCGGCUGAGGCUGUUGGCAAGACUUACCUUUGGUUGUCGGAGCAGGAUCCAUCUUUGUGGACUCAUGAACUUGACAUGAGACCUGCACAGGAGAAGUUCUAG